UUUUGCUUGAAAAAGGGCAGCGAUUGGGCCAUAACAACCACCCAAGAAGGCGUUGAGCUACUCCGGAGAAAAUGCCAUGCAAAAAAAAAAUGAGAACAAAACCAACCAGGAUGACUUAUUAGUCUCGGUUAAUAUCAGCGCUUGACUAAAAAAAGUCGUUGCAAGUGGAAGACCGGAGAUGAAAUGCAGACGCUGACGUCGAGUCCCACGGACAACUUGUGUCGGAGUGCUGCUUUUAGUAAGAGGCGAUAAAGAUAAAGAUAUAUAUCACCCACGACGACGACCAUCCACGCAGUAAAAAGACGUCGUUGCCGGCAUGGCAGGCAGGACCCGGGGCUGUGGGAACACUUCAGAUGAUCCGCGGCAGACACGCAACUGAUGAGUGAAGGGGAGCGCAGUCGCCUGAGCAGAAUGACUCAGCAAGAGGGGAGACCCCCACGUAGCAAGUGAAAGAGACGUGAGGAUGGGUGCCAAUGGAUCCAGCUAUCCACACACGUGCUCCCCGCGCAUAGGAGCCAAUGCACAGACGCAGCAGACCUUUAUUGGGACCUCGUCCUAUUCUCAGCAGGGAUACGCCUGGGAGUCUAAGCUGUACAGCCUGGAGCAUAGCCAUGAGCGGCCCGCCGACAGGAAGAAGAAGAGCCUCGGCCUGGCAACCCUCAAAAGGCGCUUCAUCAAACGAAGGAAGUCCAGCCGCUCGGCAGAUCACGCCCGUCAGAUGCGCGAGUUGCUCUCCGGCUGGGACGUCCGAGACACAAAUGCCCUGGUGGAGGAAUACGAGGGCACGGCGGCCCUCAAGGAACUGAGCUUCCAAGCCAGCCUGGCGCGCGCCGAGGCGCCCAGCUUGCCCCGGGACCUAGCCGCCCUUUAUCAGCAUAAGUACUGCACCGAUGUGGACCUCAUCUUCCAUGGUACUUGCUUCCCGGCGCACCGCGCCAUCUUGGCUGUUCGCUGCCCGUUCUUCAAAACUCUGCUGUCCUCAUCGCCCGGCUACGGAGCCGAGGUCCACAUGGACAUCGACACAGCAGGCAUCGACGUGCCCAUGUUCUCCGCGCUGCUGCACUACUUGUACACGGGGGAGUUUGGAGUGAGCAGCGCAGAGGAUUCCCGGCUGCAGAAUGUGGACGUGCUGGUGCAACUCAGCGAGGAGUUUGGAACGCCCAACUCCCUGGAAGCAGACAUGAAGGGCUUGUUUGAUUACGAAUGCUACUACGACGCCCUUUUGAGUUUCUCCUCAGACUUUGAGAUGGUCGAGAGUUUCAGUGAGCGAGUGCCUGUGGCCGGAGCUCCCACUGUUGUUUCGGGAGGCGGCGCAGCUCCAGGAACCCCAGAUGAGGAUCUACGAGCUCACAAGGCUAUCUUGUCUGCGCGCUCCCCUUUCUUCAGGAACCUUUUACAAAGGCGCAUUCGAACUGGCGAGGAAAUGACGGAGCGUACGCUGCAGACACCGACCCGCAUUGUGCUGGAUGAGUCCAUCAUACCGCGCAAGUACGUGCAAGUGAUUCUUCACUGCAUGUACACAGAUGUCGUCGAGCUGGGCCUGGUCCUGCGAGGCAGCCCUUCGGCGGGUAGCCUUGGGGAGGUGCAAGCCCUGGUGUCCGGGGGUCGGGGUGCCAGCACACGCACAGAAGAGGCCAUGGAGCUCUACCAUAUUGCUUUAUUCCUGGAGUUCAGCAUGCUGGCACAAGGCUGCGAGGACAUUAUCGUGGAAAGCCUGUCCCUCGAUUCACUGGUGCCCAUCCUCAAGUGGAGCUCCCAACCUUACGGCUCCAAGUGGGUGCACAGGCAGGCCAUGCACUUCCUCUGCGAGGAGUUCAGUCAGGUUGUCACCUCAGAUGUUCUCUACGAGCUCGGCAAGGAACACCUUCUCAACGCAAUCCAGUCUGACUACCUUCAGGCCAGCGAGCAGGACAUUCUCAAGUAUGUUGUUAAGUGGGGCGAGCAGCAGCUUAUUAAGAGGAUGGCAGACAGGGAGCCCAAUCUGCUGAGCGGCACUGCCCACAGCGUUAACAAGCGAGGAGUAAAGAGGAGAGACCUGGACCCGGAGGAGCUCAAGGAGAUCCUGUCCCCGCUCCUGCCCUUCAUUCGAACUGAGCACAUACUACCCCCGCACAGCGACGUCCUCUCUGACGCACUCAAGAGAGGUUUGAUAAGCACGCCUCCAUCAGAUAUGCUCCCCAUAGCCGAGGGCGGGAAAGCCAACGCUUGGUUGAGACAGAAGAACGCCGGCAUCUACGUGCGACCUCGUCUUUUCUCUCCUUACGUAGAGGAGGCAAAGUCGGUGCUGGAUGAAAUGAUGGUGGAGCAGACCGAUCUGGUGCGCCUGCGACUCGUCCGCAUGUCCAACGUCCCCGACACGCUCUACAUGGUCAACAACGCCGUGCCGCAGUGCUGUCACAUGGUCAACCACCAGCAAAUGUCCGUGAACUCGGCCGCCGCCCCAUCGGUAGUGGCCAAUGAAAUCCCAGUGCCGCAGCUCUCAGUGGUGAAGGAGAUGAUCCGCAGGCUUCAGGAACUGAGACACACGGAGCAGGUGCAGAGAGCGUACGCCCUCAACUGCGGCGAGGGCGCCACCGUCAGCUACGAGCUCCAGUUGCGAGUUCUUCGGGAAUUCGGUCUGGCAGACGGAGCCACGGAGCUACUACAGAACCCGUAUAAGUUCUUUCCUGACGAGCGAUUCGGAGACGAGAGUCCAAUUCUGGCUCUCCGCCAGGUGGGUCGAUGUCGCGUAAACAGCAGCCCGGCCAUGGACAGCAUGUUCGCAGAGAUGGAAGGAGUAGCGGGCUUCCACCCUCCUCUCCCUCCUCCGCCUCCCCCGUACCACCCCCCGGCUACACCCAGCCACGCUGGGCACCUCAAAGGCACCUGGCGACCCCGCGUUCCCAUGCCCACGCCCACCCGCUCCUUCUCCUACCCUUGCAACCGCACCCUCAGUCAGCGUCCCGCAGCGGCCAAGCACGGCGCCGCCGACUACGCCUCCGUGCCCAGACCCCAGCCCCCGGACUGCACCAACACGCAAGCGAUGGGUUUGCUUUCAGAACAGCAAGCGAUGGGCAUGGAGCCGGUCAUGAGGGAGUUCAUGCCCGACAUCGCACUCGGCGUCUCCGUCAUGUCCCUGAGGGAACAGCACAUGGCCGAGAUGGACAGGGAAAGCCCUCACAGCCCCAUGGCUCCCUCGGGGCGUCACCCGCCCCACGGGCCCUGCCCCUCCGUCCGCCACAGCCACGGCCACGCUCCUGGACACGGGCACUCCUGCAAGAGACACGCCCCUGAACCCAAACUGGAGGCGCAAGCGGAAUUCCCCGACCUGUACGAUUUCUCCUGUCGUCCUUCAUCUCCGUCCUCCACGCAUCCUUUGCCCACAUUUGCGGGCCCAGACAUUUACAGCCACAGCUGCGCCCCCUCCGCACCCUUCACCCCCACCUAUAUCACCGACUCUCAGUCCCAGGUUCGAACUGGGCCGGACCCGCUACGACUGGAUGUCCUCGGUAUGACCUCUGGAGUCAACCCCUCGGGGGUCCAGCCUCGCAUGGGGCACAUGCCGAGGGGGCGUUCAAACGAAACGGACCUGACUCACGGCUUAGGACAUCUGCGCUCACCCAGCGGGAACAUGGACGCCUACGAGGACAGACUAGCUGCACCCAGAGACCCUCCUCCGGAGGAGAUGGUCAUCGGUGUGGAGUCACCCUCGGGCCCGGGUCCGCUUCAAGCCCAGCCCCGCAGGAACAGUGUCAACGAGGACAUCACCAGAGACCGGAGGUCACCCAGCAAGCCUGACUACCCUUACAAAAAAUCAGCACUUUAACCCGAGUCGAGGACCAGCAACUGAGAUUCUAAAAAGGGAACGACUGACUGCCUGUUGUAUUGAAUGGUCAAGCACUAAGUGUGUGUUUGUGUGUGUGUGUGUGUGUGUGUGUGUGCGUUGAAGAGAAGCUGAAGGUAAGAAAAGGUGAUCAGUGGUUGCUAUUUAUAGGCGGCGUCCUUUUUUGUUCCUACCUCUGCCACACGACUCCAUCCAAUCACCCAUCGACGCAGUCCGAAAAAUGGUCACGCGGUUCCAUGCGAGCGCCGUGUCGAUCCCGUGCAGGUCGCAACAUUCGAUGUAGCCGAGUCGUGUCAAACAAAGACCGCGUUUCGUGUCGCCUGAUGAUAACAAUCUCCAUUCACAAAAAGGCCACGCCAUCUACGAGAGACAUAUGUAAAUAUGCCCGCCUUUUUUUUUUGUUUCCUGUAGCAUCCGACCAUACUAGUUGUGGCUCUUGCACACAAAAAGUCGAAAUCCGAAAUCGGGAUCGGGAUUGGAUCUCAUUUUCUUCCCCCCCAUCAAGUCCGACAACUGACAGGUUUAAGCGAUCAGAGCACAACCUGGCGUUUCCUGUAUAGUUUGACACGGACGCCAUGGCAACCAACGUGCUGUUAUCAAACCCGAGUAGUUAUUGUGGGCGUCGGGGGGGGGGGGGCGUCACACGUGUAAAAGUGUACUGUGCUCACUCUGUACAUAUCACCGGAAAGGAAGCACGCCGUUCUCCUCAUCCAAUAGCGUCGUUUUUUUUGUUUUUUUUUCUUCAAAAUCUUAAAGCCUUAACUCGGAAUAUUCCAUUUUCAGAUACUUUUUUUUGCUUCAUUGCUCUAUGAUGUCAUUUCUAUCGCAAAAAAAAAAAAACCUCGUCGAUUUGCUCAAUUGACUGUUUGUUUGGAGUCGGCGUUGAUUCAGUUGUAGCUCCAGAACCAUGCAAGACCCCGCCCCCAACCACGACUGAGAGCCUGUUAGCGCCAGCCCCUAGCUUCCACGCCAAUAGCACGACUCUCGCAUUGUAAAGGGAAAAAGGAAGAAAAGCAGUUUUGCGUUGAUUUGGAAAGAAUGUACAUAAACGAAGAUCAGCUUUGUCCCGAUUUCAACUUCGGAAUCACGUUUUUUUAAUGGUGGUUGUGUUCUUUUUUUUGUCCUGUCAUGAAAUCUUUAUUUGCUGCGUUUGAGGCAGUUUGCUCGCUAUUGUUAGUGGCGUAAAUUUUUCAUUUUUUGUUUCGAUUUCUCUAUCGUACAAGAGGAAUGUGAAGGGAAUCUGAAUAACAAAGAUCAUUUUCCCAACCCUUGUGUAGCUUGUAUCACCGGGGAAAAAAAAAACACAAAAAAAAAAAUUCUGAUUCCUGGUGUUCCUGUUGUGUAGUUAACUUUCCCAGCGCGGCAUUCCGUUGAAUAACAGCGGUUGCUACGCUUGUCACCGUAGAGAGGACAGUGCCUUCCCCGCCCGCCUGCAGCUGGGUUUUUAUUGGAGACUCCGAUGUCUAUGCAAGCUCUUUUCUACCAUCUUACCAGCCUGCAUCUGAUACUUGUAGCUCCUUUUUCUGUGUACAUAGAUGUUAUUUAGCACCUUUGUUUUUUUUUUUUGGAAAAGACUCAUCCGAUAUGUUUUGAUUUCUUAGUUUUGGAUUCUAGCAGGUACGUCGUACUUGUAUGGUGUCUUAGGAAUCAAUGUUUGUAGACUGAUACGUUGCAUUUAGUUUCACCGAAUCUAUUUUUCUACUGGCGCCUCAAAAAAAAAAAAAAAAGGUGCACAACAGUGGUCGUCUUUGGCAUCCUCAAAAAUAAACUGGUUUGAUAUUAUGAAUUAAA